AUGAGUUCGAAAUGGAAGAUUAUUCAAAUUAUUUCAACUGGAUGCUGCUUGUAUGCGAUGAUCAACCAGUGUUGCAGCGAACGGAAAUUUUACAUCAGUUUGGAGCGUCCGGUCAUAGACUUCACGGACCCCAAAUCCGUAACGAACUUAGUGGUGAAAUCCAAACGCCUGAGCCGCAGCGACCCAGUUCACUAUCUGACCAUAAACCUGACCACGAUGGUCACCUUUGACAAGCAAUUCAUGGUGUAUUUCGCGUUCUACGAGUUGCUAUCGAACGUGUACAAGCGGAGUUUCGUGGAGUGGCACAACAACGGGUGUGAGUUCCUUGAAAACGAUAUCCUCUUGGGAUCGGCGCUCAGAGCCGUUUACUACAAGUACAACAAGGACAAAGGCCCGUUGAAAUGCCCGAUGCCACCCGGCAAUUACAGUUUCCCAAACAUGUUCAUCUCGCUGAGCGCCCUGCUGGACAAGUUCCCGUUCCAACAAGGCCGAGUGUUUGUGAACGUGUCACGAGUGCGGAGCGUAGAGGAGCGCGCCUUUUGCGGACAUAUCGACUUCCAGAUCAAGUCCUUUCGCGCUGACCGAUACGGCGCAAAUAAUAAUUGA